AUGAGGUGGUUACUUUCUAUUACUGUCGCCUUCCUGUGGUCGGUGGUGGUGCAGGCCAAGAGUUUCACAGGCAACCGCUUGCUGGUUGUGCUAGAAGAGCAGGCGGAGAGGGAGAAGUACAGUGUGUUCCUUGAGGACUUGACGUCCCGAGGAUUUACCACGUCUGUAGAAUCGCCCAAAGAGAGCAAGCUGUCAUUACUGAAGCACGGCGAACGAGCAUACGACCAUGUCCUCCUCCUGCCUGGCAAGUCCAAAGGCCUCGGCCCUGCCCUCACAGCGAACAACUUCCUGGAAUUCAUGAAGAAGGAUGGAAACAUCCUCGUCGCCCUCUCGAGCGAACACGCUACACCUACAGCCGUCCAGGCUAUGCUCGCCGAACUCGACAUCAACAUCCCAGCCGACAAGGGCGCAUUGGUCGUCGACCAUUUCAACUACGACUCGUCAUCCGCACAGGAACAGCACGACGUACUGCUCCUUCCGUUCCCGAACGCGCUCAGGUCAGACGUAAAGAACUACUUCGCUGGCGAGGGCUACAUUGCUGUGCCACGCGCUGUCGGUCAAGCUCUUGGAAACGAGUCACCGCUCACGUCGCCUGUCCUACGCGCCCCAGCCACCGCCUACAGCUACAACCCCAAGGACGAGGCCGAUGGCGUUGAGGAUCCUUUUGCGGUUGGUGGACAACUGAACCUCGUCUCUGCCAUGCAAGCGAACAACGCUGCGCGCCUGGCUGUUGUCGGUUCAGCCGAGAUGCUUCAGAACAAGUGGUUUGCAGAGAAGGCCAAGCUGGGCGACAAGGCCGUUACCACUGGUAACCGCGAUUUUGCGCAGAAGCUUUCUGCUUGGACAUUCAAGGAGACGGGCGUCUUGAAGGUUGGCAAGCUCCUCCACUACCAGGACGAGGGUGCGAGCAAGAAGUUGAACACCAGCGUUGCAAUCCCCGAGAACAACCCCACCAUCUACCGCAUCAAGUCCGAUGUCCACUUCCAAGUCGAGAUCUCCGAGUACACCAACGACCACCUCGCUCCCUUCGUCCCCUCCUCCAAGGACAACAUCCAGCUUGAGUUCAGCAUGCUUUCUCCCUUCCAGCGCCUGAACCUCUCCCCGAUCGCACAAACCGCGAAUGCAACCAUUUUCGGCGUCGCAUUCAGGACACCCGACCAGCACGGAAUUUUCAACUUCCGCGUCAACUAUCGCCGCCCCUUCGUCACCAACAUCGACGAGAAGAGGCAGGUGACCGUCAGGCACUUUGCGCACGACGAGUACCCAAGGAGUUUCGAGAUCAGCGGUGCGUGGGUCUGGAUCGGAGGCAUCUGGGUCACCGUGUUGGGUUGGUUGGCCUUUGUUGCCGUCUGGCUGUACAGCGCGCCCAGCGAGAAGAGCGCAAAGAAGACGCAGUAGAAUGGCGGACUCUGAGAAGAGAAACUAGGUGAGCCAUGUACGGGUAGACGAUAUGCUCCGUCGGCGAUGUGUAGUAUGUACAUUAUGGAUAAUGGGCAUUGGAAUGACCCAAAAAUUUAGAUGCGAAUGGAACAUGAAACAUUACCACAGGUGUUUCCUCUUGUGUACUGUUGUAGUCUUUGCCUUACAAGCAUCAUUCAACGUUAUUCCUGUCGCCUUCUCUUCACAACUUGCUCUGCGCCUCUAACACUCUCGGAUGCGCUACCUUCCCGGGCUGUAAUUUACCCCAGUCCUCCUCGUAACCUUCUUCCACAUCCGGAUAAGGCCCCAGCGGCGUGAUACUCAGCGGAUUGAUAUCCUUGUGACUCUUGGUAUAAUUCUCCUUUAUAUGCUUAAAGUCUGUACUUUC